CCAACCAAUCCCCUGAGCUGUGGGGAUGGAGCCACAUGCAGUUUGCUCACAGACAAAGCCCUCUGCAAGCUUGAGUAUCUCCAUCAAAACUCUCAGGGCUGGUGGACCAUGGAGCUCCUCGUAAAUGUAAGAAAAUGGAUAGAAGAUAACAAAUCUGCCUUUUUGCCACCUGUGUGCAAUAAGCUUAUGCAUCGCCAUCAAUUAAGUGUGAUGUUUGUUGGAGGGCCAAACGAAAGGAAGGAUUAUCAUAUUGAAGAAGGAGAAGAGCUUUUUUACCAGGUUAAAGGAGAUAUGUGUUUGAAGGUAAUUGAAAAUGGGAAACAAAAAGACAUCGUCAUCCGAGAAGGGGAGAUGUUCCUCCUACCUGCCAGGAUACCUCAUUCUCCUCAGAGAUACGCAAACACCAUGGGUCUUGUAAUUGAGAGGGAAAGACUGAAGACAGAAAUUGAUGGGCUCAGAUACUACGUUGGAGAUUCAACUAAUGUCCUCUUUGAAAAAUGGUUUCACUGUGAAGACCUUGGCACCCAACUUGCACCAAUAAUUCAAGAGUUUUUCAGUUCAAGACAAUAUCAAACUGGAAAACCAAAUCCAGAUGAAAUCCUGAAAGAAACACCUUUCCCUCUAAAUUUGACCUCUGUUAUGGAGCCGUUUUCCUUCCAAGGCUGGUUAAAUGACCAUCGUGGUGAAAUCCAGCAGAAGAAAUCCUUGAGUCUGUUUGGAGAUAACUUCGAAACAGAGGUUAUAGCUUAUGGACCGGGAACAACUGAGAAAAGCAAGAAGAAUUCUGAUAUCUGGAUAUGGCAGCUGGAGGGCACAUCGACUGUUGCCAUGGAUGGUAAAACCCUAACUCUCUCUGCUGGUGACAGCCUGCUUGUCCGUGCCCAGACUAUGUACUACUGGAAAAGAACAGAAGAAUGUGUCGCUCUCUGCAUUGCUCAGGAUCCAAAGCGCAAGCAGCCUUAUUCCUAGCUCCUGCGUCAGCUGACUUGGAUAAUAACUAGGUUUUAACCUACUUGUCUUACCUUAAUGAUCUGUUAGGCAGAAUACCUGGAAAUGUGAUUAGUCGAAGCCAAUGAUUACACUGCAUUAUUGGAGUCAAGUGCUGUGUCCAGCUAAAACUUCCCCCCACCCCCCCAAGUAGUUAAAGUUUCAGCAAAAUCUGCAAUCAAUAAUUUUGUUUAAAA